GGCCCACGUCAUGACGCAGCAGCAACAGGAGCGUGAAGCCGGAUCCCAGUGAAGCAGCAGCUUCUCGUCAACUCUCUGGAAAGUGAUCGAUCCGAUCUCAGGGUCCGGAUCAUGGCCGGGGACAGUGGCUGCUGCCCGACGGAGGAAGAUGGAGCAGAGAGUGACCAGCAGCAGCCUCUCGUUCUGCAGCGAGUGGAGAAACAAGCGGGGAGAAGCUGUCAAACCGUCGCGAGACAUCGUCUGAAGAAACUCUGCUCGUGCUCCUCAGAGAAGCUGAAAUCCAAAGCACUGGACUUCUUCCCGAUCCUGAGAUGGAUGCCACGCUACAAGCUCAGGGACUGGCUGCUGGGCGACGCCAUGUCGGGACUCAUCGUCGGGAUCCUGCUGGUUCCCCAGUCCAUAGCUUACUCCUUAUUGGCCAGCCAGGACCCUAUUUAUGGUCUGUACACUUCCUUCUUCUCCUCCAUCAUCUACGCCCUCUUGGGCACCUCCAGGCACAUCUCGGUGGGGAUAUUCGGUGUGCUGUGCCUGCUCGUGGGCCAGGUGGUGGACAGGGAGCUGGCUCUGGCCGGAUACCUCCCAGAAGGCAGCGGCAUCGGUAGUAACGGCAGCGUCCUCCUGCUGGCCGGCCAGGGGAAUGGCAGCGUGGGGCUGGAAUGUGACAGGAGCUGCUAUGCGAUCACAGUCGGAGCCACGCUUACCUUUACUGCCGGGAUUUACCAGGUGCUCAUGGGUAUUUUCCAGGUGGGCUUCGUCUCCGUCUUCCUCUCGGACUCUCUCCUCAGCGGCUUCGCUACGGGAGCCUCCCUGACCAUCCUCACCUCGCAGGUCAAGUACCUGCUGGGGCUGAAGAUCCCCCGGCCCCAGGGCUGGUUCACUCUGUGCAAGACCUGGUUCAGCAUCUUCACCUGCCUGGGGAACACAAACUUCUGUGACCUGGUGACCAGUCUGGUGUGUUUGCUGUUACUGAUUCCAACCAAGGAACUCAAUGAUCGCUUCAAAGCCAAGUUGAAGGCCCCGAUCCCCUUCGAGCUCUUCGUGGUGAUAAUUGCGACCCUGGCGUCUCACUUCGGCCACUUCAACACCGAGUACGGGUCGAGCGUGGCCGGUGACAUCCCCACUGGCUUCCUUCCCCCCCAGUUGCCCUUAUGGUCUCUGAUCCCCAACGUGGCUGUCGACGCCUUCUCCAUCGCCAUCGUGGGCUUCGCCAUCACCGUCUCUCUGUCAGAAAUGUUCGCCAAGAAGCACGGCUACACAGUGGACGCCAACCAGGAGAUGUUCGCCAUCGGCUUCUGCAACAUCCUGCCGUCGUUUUUCCGCUGCUUCACCACCAGCGCCGCUCUGACCAAGACCCUCGUCAAGGAGUCGACGGGCUGCCAGACGCAGGUGUCGGGGCUCGUCAGCGCCCUCGUCCUGUUGCUGGUGCUUCUGGUCAUUGCACCGCUCUUCUAUUCCCUCCAGAAGUGUGUCCUCGCCGUGAUCAUUGUGGUCAACCUCCGCGGUGCUCUACGAAAGUUCACCGACAUUCCUCGCAUGUGGCGCAGCAAUCGUGUGGACGCCUCCAUCUGGCUGGUCACCAUGGCGACGUCGUCGCUGGUCAACACAGAGCUGGGGCUCCUCGUCGGGGUUCUGGUGUCGGCGUUCUGCGUCCUCGGCCGGACUCAGCAGGUCCAGGUCCUGGAGCUGGGCCAGGCCUCGUCCAGGGAGCACUACGAGGACCUGUCGUCUUACCGCGGCCUUCACACUCAUCCGGGAGUGGCGGUCUUCAGGUACGAGGCUCCCAUCUAUUACGCCAACCAGAGCCUGUUCAAGAAAUCUCUCUACAACCGCGUGGGGCUCGAUCCCGUGAAGGAGAAAGCACGACGGUUAAAGUUCAUCAAGCAGCAGAAGAAGAAGAAGAGCAAACAGGAGGAGGCGGCAAACGUGAAGUCAGAAAAACAGGAUGAAGCUGAAGGGACUGUGACCCUGAUGCUCGACGAGGAGUCGCGUAAGAACUUGCGGAGCAUAGUGAUCGACUGUAGCGCCAUCUUGUUCCUGGACACCGCAGGAGUGAAUGCUCUGAAAGAGGUUCGCAAAGAUUAUGAAGAACUUGGGGUCCGGGUGGUUCUGGCCCAGUGUAACACCUCAGUGCUGGACACUCUGGAAACAGGGGGGUACUACCCCGACACAGAUGAUGGGGGGCAGAAGAAAAGGAUCUUCUUCACUAUCGCAGACGCCGUCCGCUCCGUCCAGAGCCUCUCAGCUCCCAACGGGGACUGUGACACCAGGUGCUGAAAAACUAUCUGUCCAAAUAUCUACGUUUACAUGUAUGUUGUAGUUUACAUGUAUGUUGUAGUUUACAUGUAUGUUGCAGUGACCAUCUCACAUGAUGCAAAUCAAACAUGCAUUGUUGCCUUUGUGCCUUGUAAUGCUACCGUGGUAGCAGCAGUUCUGUAGAAUAGAUGCAGGAUAAUUUAACUUAGGUUUUUUUAUUUAAAUACUGCAAGUUAAAAUGCUAAAAACAUUUUAAAGUCCUCCUUGUAAAAAAGUGCUUUACACAAGGUACUUAAAGGUACAAUUUUAAACUUUAUUUUGAAGCAUCAGUUUCUCCCGUUUGCACACAAAACAACAUAGACGGAGUUAUAUCCUGAUUCAUUUCAGAAUAACGAUCUUGAAACUGAUAAAUCAGUCGAACCUUUUUGACCAAGAAAUGUAAUUAAGUCUUGAUAUUUUUACUAUUUAUUUAUAAGAUACUAUGAGUUCAAACCAAACUCAACCAAAUCUAUGGAACUUGAAUUAAGUAAAUAAACUUAUAUGUCUACAAGGUUCAUAUCAGUCGGGCUCUAAUCCAGAAUUUAACAGGACGACAGUUAAAAAACCUCUUCACUGAGAAAUGAUGCUUCAAGGGGACAUUUAAAAAAUCAGUUUUUAGUUGGUAAUGAUUUUAAAGAUAUUGCUGGUGGAUUAAAUCUGUACAAUCUUUCUAUUGUAGUUUCACUUGAUGAUAUUUUUUUUAAACUUAGAAAGAGCCCGACUGUACCUGAACAUGUGCCGUUACAGUUACCCAUAAUGCAUUUCUCUCUUGUACCAAUGAUAAUCAAUUAUUUCUAUGGGAAAGACAUGUUUACAAAGCCAUGAAGAGAUAAAGUAACACUUAUCUUUAAUGAGAUAAUGAGAUAAUAAGAGCUAAGUUUGUCUUGAACAGACGAAAACCUGCAGAUUGUCUGUUACUGUCCGUUUUGCACCUUGUGUCUAUGCACUAAACUUCAGUGCCUUUACUGACGCUCUGCAGAGCAGAAACUGUACGAACUGUGAAUGUUUUCAAAUCAGGGCCUUUCACACACGAAUGUCAGCGUUUCCUUUUUCUUCCAGAUCUCCAAUCUGAAAACCUGUCACCAAAACGUAUUUGUUUAUUAAGAGCAAAGUGCACUUGUGUGUUUUGGUGUAAAUGACCUUGUGAACUGAAUGUGCCGCGUGGACACACUACUCUCUGAUGUUUGUCUGCGUGUUCGCUGAGUGAGAUGACUGAAGUCGUUACUGACGCAGCUUUAGUUUGUGUUGUUAUAUCUCGGUCGACACAGUCGUCGCCUGCAAAACUGUUGGGUUCUGAAAACUCUGUGACAGACUAACCCGAAAUCUAAUCUUGUUGAACCUCGUGAUCGUUUUCUUUGUGUGGAAAACGAUCAGACAAGUUCAUGAAUCGGCUGCAACAUUGAUUUGUUAAGCACUCGUGGCUCUAAAGUUAAGCUUCUGGGUCCAUUACUUUGUAUUUUGUGACACCAGAAAUAGCUCAGGGCUGUUUUCAUGUGUGUGUGUGUGUGAGAGCUAAAGUCCUUAUGAUGAUCCAAACACGGCAGAAAGGACGAAAUGUCCUGAAAACAGAAAAUCCUUCUGGAGACAGAGGGACUGUUUUCUGAAGCAGGUCAUCUGAGUGAAGGACAGUUCACAUUGAUCUUCAUUCACUCAACACUUAUAUUAAACAUGAGUGGAAAGCAAAUAAAGAGUGAACUUUAAUCCAGAAAACUGUCAAAUGCUGUUUGUUAGAAAAGUCCUGGAUCCAGUUUGACCUUGAGUGUGACCUUGUUGUUGACAUGAGUGUUUAUAUUUGUAGUUGUUUCUGAAACCAAACAUACUGUAUACUACUUAGACACAGUUAUGUUAUCUCAUACAGUGUUUAGAUGACUUUGCAGUAUAUUGUAGUGUUUUAUUUAUUUAAAUUUUUGCCAAAAAUGUUACCGUGACAAAAUCUGUGUCUGAGGUUUCGUGGCUGCACCAGCUUUGAUCUGCUUUGAUCCUGAAACCAAACAGAACACGUGUGUAAACUCUAGAUUCAGGUCUAUCUGUUGAACAUGUUACUGACACUGCUGUUUACUCCAAAGUUCAAUUAUUCCAUUAUCAAAAAUAUUAUAUUGUUAUAUAUAUAUUUACACAUAUUAAAGACAUUUUAAAGAUA